AUGGGGGAUUUCAACUCAAUGCUAUUUCCUCAUGAUGGCUUGGGUGGCUCCUCUAGRCRUAACUCAGAUAUGGAGGAAUUUCAUCUCUGUCUGGAAGAAGUUGAACUUUUUGAUAUCUCGUAUCAGGGAUGCCAAUUUACUUGGACGCAGAAACCUUGUGGGGGAAAUGGUAUUAUGCGUAAACUUGAUCGUAUCUUGGGUAAUUCAGCUUUCAUUUCUAGAUUUGGGGAUGCAGCUGUUUUCUUUGAACCACGRGGGAUUUCCGAUCAUUCUCCRGGAAUUCUUUCUUUCAAAGUUGGUAGGCGUAUUYGUCAGCGUGGUUUCAAAUUUGAUAAUAUAGUGACGUCUCAUGUGGAUUUUAUUAAAUCUGUGGAGGGGGUGUGGAAGAAACCUCAUCGAGGCUCUUAUAUGAAAAGAGUACUUAGGAAAAUGCAAGACUUAAAAGGAGUUUGUCGGCGGMUUCGUAAUUCUUUUGGUUGUUUGGAUAAACGGGUGGCUAGUUUAAAAACGGAGCUUGAAGUUGCUCAAUUGGCUUGUGAUCUAGAUCCUUUUAAUGAUUUGCURAAGGAGGACAUUGCCCACCUCCUGUUAGCAUAUCAAAAAGCUAGAAAUGAUCAAAUGGAAAUGAUUCGACAAAAAGCAAAGAUUUCUUGGCUAAAUGAAGGUGAUGGUAAUUCAAAGUUCUUCUUUCAUGCAAUGAGAGAAAAACGUCAUAGGAGUCAUAUUGCUACUAUUGUCGAUGCUGCUGGUACGGUUUUCGUUAAUCAAGACGUGCCUAAAGCCUUUAUUACGCAUUUUGAAGGUAUUUUGGGUASAUCUAAUAGUUUGGUUAAUCCGUCUAUGGAAGAUUGUACUUUUGUUCGCUCUUUAUCGGUAUCAGAUUCUUUGCACCUAAUCAGACCUAUUACGGACAUGGAGAUUYAGACUGCACUGUUUGAUAUUGGGAAUGAAAAGGCACYUGGUCCUGAUGGGUUCUCGUCAAAGUUUUUUAAAGCAGCUUGGAAUGUGGUUGGGAGGGAUGUUCUCAUUGCGGGGGACGCAAUUUCAGUUGAAGUGCUAAAACGUGCUCUCCAUUUGUUUGAAGAACGUUCGGGUCUGUCUCUAAGUCUUGCUAAAAGUGAAGUUUUCUUUGGGAAUGUGGGGAUGGAUGUUCAGAAUAUCAUUCGACACAGUCUUCCUUUUCGUCCGGGGGUUUUUCCUAUUCGCUACCUGGGAGUGCCUCUCUCUCCUGUUCGUUUAAAGAAAUACUAUGUGGGUAUCAUGGAUCCAGUCUCAUUGUAUUCGAGGCAGGAAUUUUUGGAUUAUAAAGAAAAGGAAUGA